AUGGCUCCUAGACCGAAACCGAAAAACCCACCUCCUUUGUAUAGUGAGAUGUUUGGUACUGAUGGUAUCGGGACAUCUUCUUCCGGACCGUCGUCUUCUGAGCGUGUGUCGGAUUCUCAGGCAUAUUAUCCCGGCCAUGAUAUACCAUAUCAUGAGAUGCCUCCACCUUCCGGUCCUACUCGACAUCCCGCAAAAGUGGCAUUCACUACAAGGGAAGGGGGUAAAGAUAGCAUAAAAAGAUAG